CUAAGUCAGCUGGUUUCGAGAGCGGGAAAGUUGUACGCCAAGCACACCCCUAUAUAAAGACGAGUGAAGACCCUCUUUCUCCAUCAGUCUUCCUUCUGUUCUCAAUUCGUCAACAAGAUUAGUACUGAAACGAUGUCGUCGUCUGCUGCUUUGUUUAUCUUGUUGGUGUCCAUGUUGGCUGGCUUCUGCUGUGCAGAGGACCUGAAGGCUCGCGUCUUGUUGGCUGGAAAAUCAACAGUCAGUGGUGCCCUCAAUUUGACCGAGACUGCCAGCGGAGUGAAUAUCACCGGCCGCGUCACUGGAUUGACGCCGGGCAAACAUGGCUUCCACGUUCAUCAAUUCGGCGAUAUUUUCAGCAACGGUUGCGAUUCCACUGGUCCUCACUUCAAUCCUCGCAAAGCUCUUCACGGUGCACCUCACGCCAGCGCCGAUCAGCGUCACGCUGGAGACCUGGGCAACAUUGUGGCCGACGAUAAGGGUGUAGCAGUCAUCGACCUGGUCGAUACUGUUGUCUCACUCAAGGGGGCAGAGUCCAUCCUCGGACGGGCUUUUGUCGUUCACGCUGCCGAAGACGAUCUCGGACUUGUCAAGAACGAUGGCAGCACCAAGACCGGCAAUGCGGGUGCUCGUCUUGCUUGCGGUAUCAUCGCCAUCGUUCCAUAAUUUCAUUCACUUGUUUUAUUUUUUUUUUUUUUAAGAAAAUUUUAUCAUGAAAAUUGUACAAGAAGAAUCUCAUUUAUACGGAAAUGUCUGGGACAAAAUAUUAGACGAGUCAAAAUAAACGGUGUUAAUUUCAA